AAGAGGAACAACGUGCUGAAAGACAGCUGGCUUGAAUGUCAGUGCACCUAGAGAUGCAAGGAACCAGCAAUUUCCUGACACGAGACAUUUGGAGAUUCGAUGGAGUCCAACAGCAAACCAUGUGCACGUCCGACGCCUGCUACACCGUCCAUGCGGAGAAGGUGAGCUUUGACAAGGCCAGUCAGAGCUGCUUCCACAACGGAGGCUACCUGAUGACCGUAAGAGACAAAGAAGAAGAAGCCAUCCUCAACGCUCUCCUCUCGCCCGUCGGCGAGGACGAGACGCAAGCGUUUUGGAUCGGCUUAAAGCUGCACAGAGGGGAUUGCGUCUUAGCUGACGCACCGCUCCGAGGCUUCAAGUGGCUGUCUGGGGAGCGAGAUUCACACUACUCCAACUGGAAUCAAGAACCCGUGGACACUUGCACGGAGCGCUGCGUAAGGGUCACUUACAAUGCCCACCAGCAGCCCAAAUGGAGCGCCGGAACUUGCAAAGCUCCGGCCUCGCCCGUGUGUAAGUUUUACUUCCGAGGAAUGUGCGGCCCUUUGCACCUGUCGGGCUCCGGACGCAUUUCCUACACGCCGCCUUUCUCCGAGGAGCCCAUCCAAAAUGAGAUGAAAUCCUUGCCGCUUGGAACGUACGCUGAGGUCACGUGCGCUGACCGACGCCAACACUAUUCCAUUUGCGUCUGGAGCGACGAGAACUAUCGCUGGACGGCGCCGGGUCCCUUUUGCCCGACGGAACGUGGAAAAUGUGACGAGGACAACGGCGGAUGCCAACACGUGUGCCGGCAGGUGUCGUCGGAUGGGCUCACGUGCCUCUGUCGUCAGGGUUACGUCCUCGAGGACGACGGCCUCUCGUGUCGAAUCCCAGACGUGUGCAGCGGGGCGGACGCUUGCGAGUACCAGUGCGUGGUGAGAGAGCGGCGAGCCUUCUGCACGUGUCCCAAAGGCUUCCAAUUGGCAGCCAACGGGCACAACUGCUCUGACGUGGACGAGUGCCAGCGCUCCCAAUUGCCGUGCGGCGUCCACGCGGCGUGUAUCAACACGGCGGGCGCUUACACCUGCGCGUGUCGCCACGGCUUCGAAAUGAUGGACGGCGACUGUCGUGACGUGGACGAAUGCCUGCGGUCCAAAUGCACCCAUGGCUGUUUGAACACAGCCGGCUCCUUCUCUUGCUACUGCAAAGACGGCUGGGCUCUGUCAGAGGACGCCUAUUCCUGCGUGGACGUGGAUGAAUGUGCUACUGAGCGCUGCUAUCCCUUCCGAUGCGUGAAUACUGAAGGAAGUUUCAUUUGCGUGUGCCCGGAGGGCUUUCACGUAGCGCACGCCGCCGGGACCACCAUGACUUGCACCCCAGAUGUGAGCCUAAAGGUGGGCCAGGAAACGCCAGCCGGUGACUUUGUAUCGACGGCGGCGGAGGAGGCCACGGGAGCGCCCGCUACCACCCAUUUGCCCUUCAUCGCCCCCAGCAACGCUUCGCUGUUUGCUAGCGCCGUGCCGCUCAACUCCAGAGCGCUCGUCUGUGCGCUGGGCUCGCUCGUUCCUUUGUUGCUCGUCCCAGCCAGCGUAUGUCUUUUUGUGCAAUACAAACGGGAGACGAGAAGAGUUGAUUUGGUUCUGCACGCACGCACGCACGCACGCACGCACGCACGCACGCACGCACGUAUUCCGGCCCCUGUGCUUGACGUUGGAAAAACACCGUCUUUAUCUCAUUUCCUUCCUGCCUUGGCUUUCCUUCCGCUCCACAGUCGCCUGCAGAGCUCUUACUCUGCUCUGCUCUGCUCUGCUCUGCGGCAGCAUUUGAAGAUGAACUACAGCGCAGCAACAUGGCCCGCUUGAAUCUCCAGGUGCUUGUGACAUUGUCUCUUCUUUCCCGGUCCUCUAUCUUCGGUACGCGGCGUGCCGCCACCUGUCGACCUCUCUGCGUCGGGAGCGAGUGCUUGCUAAUCAACCGAGAGCAAGUGGAUUUCACAACGGCCGAGGAAAGAUGUCAAGCCAACAAAGGCGUGCUAAUGACACUUCAGUCAGCAGAAGAGAAACGAUUGCUUGAUAUGGCGGCGCAAGAACUUGCUGGCAACUUCUGGCUUGGACUUCAUCUGCCGAGCGACGCCUGCAGCAACCUCUCUCAUCAUACGAGAGGCUACGAGCGGACCUCCGGCAAAGGGCACAGCGACCGGGUUCCCUCUUCCAUCGCCUGGAAAGAUAGCGUUCGAGUCUGCUCUCCGAGCUGCGUCUCACUUUCGAGAGAGAGAAAGCUCCGAGAGUGGCCGUGCUCACAUCGAAUGGACGGAUUCCUGUGCAGGACCUCCCGCCGAGAUGCGUGCCAGGCACAAGAAUUAUCCGACGGGACGUUUUUCCCCAGUUCCAAGGGCUGCUCGGACGCUCCGUGCGAGCAUGUCUGCACUCCGGUAAAAGAUGGCUUCAAAUGCUCUUGUUUCGGCGGAUACGCAGCGGACAGGACGGACGGCAGGCGCUGUCAAGUCCACUGCGCCCAGGAGACGUGCCCGGCCAUCUGUGAGAAAAACUCUGGCGGCGUUUGCUUCUGUCCCGACGGCUUUAUCCGAAGCGAUCAAUUGUGCGAGGACAUCGACGAGUGCUUGAUGGACCAAUGUGAGCAAGAGUGUCAAAACACCUUUGGAAGUUUUGUCUGUGCCUGCAAAGAAGGUUAUGUACUAAGACAUCAGGUGAAAUGU